ACGAGUUUUAUAGCUGUAAAAAUAAUAACAUAAAAUAGAGGAACUGGAAACAUACUUUCGACUACAAUGUUUUGGAACCAGAUUGAAACGGUAAGACAACAAUGACUGAGAGGAACACUGUGAAAUUUCGGUAGUUCGUUAUACCAGGAUAGACACACAUACACACAAAGGAAUUGGCGAGCGUUUAGUUGUGUACUAUUGUAUAAAUGUGUGGUGCUCGUAAACUUAAAAAGUUAGAAGAAAUAGUUAAAGUUAGCAAGAAAGGUCAUGCCCAGGGAGAAUGGUACCUAUAAGACCAUUUUUAUUAGGAGGUAACGCAAAAGUGGAGUUCGCACUCGAUUGAAGUUCAGAAAAAAAAGAAACACCUAAGUUAUUACAUCAGCCCAAAAUGGAUCAUUCCGUGAAGGCAAUGAACUCGCACAGAAAGGUAGCGUUUUCUCGGCUGUUGAAUGGAAGAAGAUUCGAGAAUAACGAGCUCGAGACUCUGUAUCAGCGAUAUAUCUUCAGAAUGCAGCAGUCUUCUAUUGUUAGUGUGUUGGCAUUAUUUAUUCUCCUAAGUGCCGUGCUUACAGUAUUGAAUUUCUUUUUUAUUCAAACACCCACCGUUGCGAACCUGUAUUUCUUAUUACACUGCAUUAGCUUCAUUGGCCUGUUGAUAUUUGCAUACACGAAGCUUUUGAAAGAUGCUCACUUGUUGGCACUUUGUUACGUCAUAUUGUUUUUCCUCGUGACUCUCUGUAUUAUUACCCUUCCCGUGGACAUUGGUUUUCACGGUACAUGGGGAGGACAUCCAAGUGCUGCCGACGGUGUCUGGGAGAUUGUGUUUGUGGUGUUUUUGGCCUAUACUAUGCUUCCGAUAAAGACUCGGUUGGCUCUGAGUAUAGGAAUUUUGCUGCCUGGAACGCAUCUCGGAGUAAGCGCAGUAUUAGUUGGAGAGUUUUUAGGACUCCAAUGGCAACAGUGUUGCUUCCUGAACAAUAAUAGACUUAUCAACUUGGUUAAAAGUGCCCAUUCGCAAAAGAUACAAAAACAUUAUAACUUUGCAACUUUAUGACAGUGAUAAACCAAUCUUCUGCAUUGAAGAUGAAAAACACUGCUAAUGAUGAUCAUGAGCAGUAGUGAAAUGUUUCAUUGAAAACGUCGA